AUGUCGGCUGCCCAGGUUUUGUUCAACAUUACACCCAUCAGCACCACACAAGUUGAGCCAAAGCGGAGAGGAAGUUGGGUUCCCACGCGAAGAAAGUCAGAAUGUCCCCUCGAAAUCACUAUCGAUCGGCACUUUGAGGCCAAGAUCUAUACCUCGGGCUCGACCAUCACCGGCUCCGUAUCAUUCUCACCAAGCGCGGAUCUAAGCGUCGAUGCGUUCGAGAUAGUCUUCACAGGCUCCGAAACAACCUUGGUUCAGAUGUUUCACCAGGGAACUAUGCCUAAAUCAGGACACAAGUUCCUUCAGCUUCGAAUGCCAAUCCCAGAAAGUGCCCUUCCGCCCGAUGGAGUCCUCCAGGCUGGUCAAUCCUACGAGGUCCCUUUCUCUUUCGUAAUUCCAUACCAAUUACCCAGUGCGGCUUGCAAGCAUCGAAACCCCAUUAUUCGGGAACGACAUCUGCAAUUACCACCGACUAUUGGAUCUUGGGAGCACGAUGACAUGGCUGUCCAUACCGUCGCUAUCAAUUACGGUGUUGAUACGCGAGCACUGCUCAAGACCGAGAAGGGCAAAUCCAUGGUUCUGGAGAGAACUCAUCCUGUGAAAGUAAUGCCUUAUCUCCCUGAACAGCCUCCUCUGCAUGUUCUACCAGGAAACCCGCGAUUCACUAUGACUCAAGAGAAGUCAAUCCGAAAAGACAUUCUCUCUUCCAAGCUAGGCUACGUUAGAGCAACCACACGCCAACCAGAUCCUGUCAUCAUCUCAGCCGAUAAACUGCAGCCAUCAGAAUGCUCACUCAAUAUCGAUCUCGAGUUCUGGCCAACUUCCAAGAAAGCGACUCCGCCUGAGAUGUACGCAAAGUCAGCUACCAUCAAAGCAUCGACAUACUACUCUACAGGCCAUCUCAGCUUUUUACCAGAUCAACACAACUUCCCCAGCGUGAUGCCGAAUCCUAUCUUGAGCUUUGUUCUCGAUGAGAGCGCAACGGUCACCAAGUCUCCCGCGCCUCGCUGGGAACAGACAUCAGCUUCAUUCUCAGCACCGUGCUCUCGCAGAGGCUCGGAGAACUCUACCAUGGGCGAUGAGCCUCCCCGCACGGCUUCCAGACGAGGUUCCAAGAGCAGUGAUAUCAUCAAGGCGGAAGCGCCUCGACAUACAGCAACUUUGCCUAUUUCGAUCGAGCUGCCGAGCCCCGAUAACAAGAUCUUGCUUCCGACCUUUUACUCCUGCCUCAUCAGCCGGACCUACAUGUUAGAAAUUGUUUUGGCUUCGAGAGCGCACGGUUCCAGCUUCACGCUGCGACUGCCCCUGCAAGUUGCUGUCGAAGGACAGCACGAAACGGGCAUCAACCACGUGCCGACCUAUGUGAGUUUCGUCAAGUCAAUAUGCGAAGACGAUUAA